UGGCUGAAAAAUUACGGGAUGCUUCCUACCGUGAAAGGCAGCAGGGGAGAAGCAAGGGCUUGCUGUGACCUGCCUGAGUUUGUGGCACCCGACCCAGAGGCCAUCGACUCCUUCCUGCAUCUCUAUGAAGCCCCAGGAGAUCCACAGAGGGAAGAUGCACCUGGUGACACUGCUCUCCCGGCUGUGAUUCAUGUUCCUGUAGAAAUCCGAGGGCCCAUGAAGACGUGCUGGACGCCGGCGUGGACACUGGAGGAGAGCCUAGGACAAGGCACAGGCUUUGCCCUGGAGCCCACCCGCGUUUGUGGCUUUUGCCAGGCUAUUUUCUCCUCGGACACAGCAGCCCAAGAGGACUAUUUGAAGCAUGUCUUAGCCCAUAUGAAAUAGGAUUCCGGCUUUGCACUUGUAAAUCUGUAUAUUUGCACCUCAGGUAACACCAUGUGCUCAGGUAGCGAUCCAGUUCUGUUUAAGUUGGUUUUGCCCUGAACCUGAUCCCUGUUGCCCUGUUGGAUGGGCUGUAUUAGGGCUCUUGAUGUGCCUCGGUUUGCUGAACUUUAUGGACAUCAGGCAGCUCCAGAGUUUGGAGGUAUGCAGGCCGAGUGGAGCCYUAGCU